AUGCCUCCGCCAUGGCCGCCGCCGCUCCCCCCGCGCCCGGCCGGUCCUCCGCUCGCCCUGCUGCUGCCCGCCCUGCUGGGCCUGGCCGGCCCGGCCCAGUCCUUCGAGCCCAUCAGCCUGGGCAUCGCCAUCGGGGCCGCCUCCGCCCUCACCGGAUACCUCUCCUACCCCGACUUCUACUGCCGCUUCGUCGAGUGCUGCCGCGACGAGCGGCCCCUCAACGCCACGGCAUUGAAAUCAGACCUGGAGGACAAGCUAUUUGGACAGCAUCUUGCCAAGGAAGUGAUUCACAAAGCGCUCACCGGCUUCAGGAACAACAAGAACCCCAAGAAACCACUGACCCUUUCUCUGCAUGGCUGGGCGGGCACCGGCAAGAACUUCGUUAGCCAGAUCGUGGCCGAAAACCUGCACUCGAAAGGCUUGAAGAGCAGUUUUGUCCACUUAUUCGUGUCCACCCUUCACUUCCCUCAUGAGCAGCAGACGAAACUAUAUCAGGAUCAGUUGCGGAAGUGGAUCCGGGGUAACGUGAGCACGUGUGCGAGCUCCGUUUUCAUAUUUGACGAGAUGGAUAAAUUGCACCCUGGGCUCAUAGACGCCAUCAAGCCAUUUCUAGACUACUACGAGCAAAUUGACGGAGUCUCCUACCGGAAUGCCAUCUUCAUCUUCCUCAGCAAUGCAGGUGGUGAUCUCAUAACCAAAGUGGCUCUCGACUUUUGGAAAUCAGGGAAGAAGAGGGAAGAAAUUCAGUUGAAAGACCUGGAACCUGUGUUGUCCGUGGGAGUUUUCAAUAAUAAACACAGUGGCUUAUGGCACAGUGGCCUAAUAGACCGAAACCUCAUUGAUUACUUUGUCCCGUUUCUGCCGCUGGAGUACAGACACGUGAAAAUGUGCGUGAGAGCGGAGAUGAAGUCCCGCGGCUACGGCGUGGAUGAAGAAAUCGUCUCGAGGGUCGCGGACGAGAUGACCUUCUUCCCGAAAGAUGAGAAAAUCUAUUCGGACAAAGGCUGCAAAACCGUGCAGACCAGGCUGGAUUUCCACUGAGCUUUUAAAACACUUUUUUUUUUUUUUUAACCGAAGGGCAAAGCUAAACGAGGGUCCGGACAGACACCUUUGCCCUUCCCAAGCACUUCUUGAGACCGUCUGUGGCGCGUACGCCUUUGCACGAUUUACCUUGGGGAAGCGCAAGGACGUCGGGGACGUGAUCGGGGAACUUGCCCCCCGUGGAAGGACUCGGCCCCAACCGUUCCCAUUUCAGCGGGGGGAGGAUUCGAACACUUUUUUGAGCGCCCCGCUCGUUGGCGGCCUCGGCUGUGGCCACUUAAGGGCACCUUAGCAGUUUACCCGAGGGGCUUGGUAAGCUCAAAGCCUCCGCGUAUUAGAAUCGUUGUAGCUUUUUAAUCGAAAGGGUCCGUUGGAACUUGCUUCCCCAGCCAGGCUACCAUUAGGCACGCUGUUGGCUUUGGGUGUAAAUUGUCGUCUGGAUUUUCCCGGUCUUUUUUCUGUUCUGUUCGCCCCCAAACUCCUACUGCUGUUAAAUCCAGACCGGGGCACUGCGAAAGCGGGAGCUCCGCCACUCUACCGGUCUCCGGCCUGAGUCUCUUGACUUGAAAGGGGACGUUGAGAAUGGAUUGUCGCCUCUCGGCAGGCGGGCAGCAGGAUUAACCCGCAACAGAGGAUCCCGUAGAGGCCAAACUCAGCCCGACCCCCCCUUGCAUCCAUGCUUAGGGUCAAACUGGGGCCACCCCAGAGUUGAACCCUUCCUUUUAAGCCAUUUCUGAUUGGUGAGCUGGGCGUCCAGGGCUGGGGCAGGAGACUCCACUACCGAAAAUACACAGAAGCGCCUUAAAGGCUGCAUCUGAACACUACCGGCUCCGCUCGGGGUGAUUUAAACCACGCGACUUCAGCGACGGGGGCGUCCAGUGGUCGGGGAGACUAACCUCUCCCACGCGGCACGGGAGGACAACUCCUCUUUGGUCCCUUUGCCCAUUUUAGCUGCGCGGUGGUAAUUUUUUACCGGCCGACUGCCGGCACCCCCAUCUCUCCCUCCUUCCCGUUCUGAUGUAUACAUCCUCUCUCUCAACUUCAAGCCCCACACCCGGAGUCCCGGCCCAGCUUUACCCGAGAGAAAUCAAAACGAGGGCAGUGGAUUUGAAAUUAGGUCACUACUCGCCGGAGAAACAUUUCUGACUGUUACUAUUUACAUAGGAAUGCUUUCGUUUGCCUCACCGAUCGAGUAGGAAAUCCACGGAUCUCAUUCAUGAGAGUUGACUCGUGCUUUAAGUGUCGCUUCAAGCCAGAUUGCUACACAGCUGAAAUCGGGAUAUUUUUAGGGUGUAUUUUUGAUACUGUUUUAUAAAUUUACGUAGACAGUAGGAGAGUGCUAAUUUUAAGCAAGGGGGAGCCGAGGGAUGAGGUAAAAUGCAUUUGCUUUCUCCUAGAGUUAUCUUAAAAGUGAAUUUAUUUUUGGCUUGCCUUACACAAUGACAGAACACUUGUAGGUCGACUACGGUCAAUUUGGAGCUUCUGCCAGUUCCCAGAAUAAGCUGAAGAACUGGGGCUGAUAGAAAUUCAGUGCCCGGUUCCUUGGGAAAUAAACCUUAGACUCCAGUGAACGUGCAUCACUAGAAACCUAUAGUUUUGGUGCAACUGGGGCCUAACUUUGGAGAUGUGAAUCUUUUCGGAGUUACUGCAUAAACAAGUCUUAUACGUCGAAGACUGUGAAAACUGGCUUGUCAAAUAAACCAACGCAUUGCUUUUUUUUAUGCUCGCGUACAGAAUGUGGUAGACUGGAGACAUUAGUUACGUUAAUUUUAAAAUGUUGUACGACCGGUCGCAAUAGCGAGGUUUUCCCUGUUUACUAAUGAUGCAAUAAACUCCACACACGAGUAACCUUG